AUGUUGUGUUUAUUUGAAUAUCUAAAGAAACGAAUGAAUGUAAGAAAGACAUCGCAUCACAAGGACAAAGACAAUAUCAUAGAUAAAGUAAAACGCCCUGUUCCCAUUUGGAAUACAGAUUUCGUAACAGGCUUUAUGAUAUCAGAUAAUGCAAUUAAGCCAACGAUUUUUAAAUUAGUUGUAAUAUCAUUGUGA